GCAGCCACCUCUUGCAUCGCGUUAGCCUCGGCAGAAAGGCAUCCCUUCACUGACCAUCGCCAAACCCGAACUUCCGUUCCGUUUCUUAACCGGCAUUCCUUCAGGUUCGAUGGUGGGAGCUGAUCCCAAGCCAGAGGAAAUAAACUUCGCUUUGUUUUUAACUUGAUACCUCUCACUCCUGCGCGAGCAUCUGACUCGUCUUUGGCUGGUUGCGCAUCGCACAAGUCACUCACUUGCAACCCGUGACCUUCAAUUGAACACGACUCCAAUGACUCGCACACAGACGGCGACUCUUCCCGUCAUCGCGCUUCCGCGGGGAAGCGUGCUCCUACCCGGCGUCGUCCAGCGCAUCCCCGUCUCGUCAAAUCGCCCCGAUAUCGCCUCGUUGCUUGCCGCUGUCUACACCCGUGCUGCGUCCAAGACACCCAACGGCCGCAUCGACACGGUACCGAUUUCCUGCGUUCCCCUCGCUUCGCCUAUUCUGGGUCCCAGCGGACAGUUCCUGAUUGAGAACGGGGAGAAAGCUGUCAGCCCCGACCGAGAUAAUCUCGACCCGGCAAAGGCAUCCAAGUCGGACCUCUUUGGCUGGGGUGUCGCGGCGAAGAUAACAGGCGUUGAGGGACGCGGUACAGGAGAGUUCACUCUGCUUGUCGAGGGUGUCACGCGUGUCCGGGUCGACAAAAUCUACCAAGAGAAACCGUAUCUGGAGGGCCGGGUUGUGUACUUCCAAGAGGAAGGCAGCCUUGUGGACUUGACACUUGAGGAGCUCUUCCAACACUUGAAGCUCCUGUCCAGGGAGCUUGUCGCGAUACUUAGGCUGUCAUCGAUCCUCCCACGCUUGAAUGGCACACCCGGCUUGUCGCCGUUGCUCGCCCGCCGUCUGGACAUCUUCAUCACAAAGCAGAAGCAGCCGGGCGCUCUCGCAGACUUCAUGGCGAACAUCGUCGAGAGCUCGUACGAGGAGAAGCUUCAGGUUUUGGCGCUGCUGGACGUCAAGGAACGAGUUGCCAAAGUCAUCGAGCUGCUCGACCGCCAAGUCGGCAACAUCAAGAAUAACAUAAAAAUCACCGCCGUCACCACUACGACGUUGCCGUUUGCCGAUCCUGACUCGACCAGGAAGCAGAUCGACAAAAUGAUCCAGCCAAACAAGCCACGGCCGUCGAUAAAAAUCGGUCCGGCGGGGACACGCACACUACCGCCGCCCGGAUUUGGGGACUCAGGCGGCGAUGCGGACGAGGACCAGGAGCCCAACGAAGUUGACGAGCUGCAGAAGAAACUUGACGCCGCAAAACUUUCCCCCGAGGCCGCAAAGGUCGUCGACAGGGAGAUUAAACGUCUGAGGAAGAUCCACCCUGCACAGGCUGAGUACGCUGUCACGCGAACAUACCUCGAAACGCUGGCCGAGAUUCCCUGGACAACGACCACGGACGACCGCCUGGGCCCUCAGACGCUCCAUAGGGCGCGGAAGCAACUGGACGAUGAUCAUUACGGGCUGGAAAAAGUCAAGAAGCGGCUGCUGGAGUACCUCGCUGUCCUCAGACUGAAGCAGUCCGUCAACGACGAGGUGGAUGCGCAGAUCAAGCAGGCUGAGGAGGAAAUUGGGGCGACAGGGAAUGCAAGCAAAGAUGAGAAGCCCGAGACAUCCUCACCAGAACCUAGCGCCGAGGAGAAGAUCAAAGUUCCCAGUGCCAAAUUAGAAGUGCUGCGCAGCAGGCGCAUGGUGGACAAGUCCCCGAUUCUGUUGCUCGUCGGGCCUCCAGGAGUCGGCAAGACCAGUUUGGCACGUUCCGUAGCGAUUGCUCUGGGAAGAAAGUUCCAUCGCAUCUCGCUGGGCGGCGUUCGCGACGAGGCUGAGAUUCGGGGUCACCGCCGCACCUACGUCGCCGCCAUGCCGGGUCUUAUCGUCCAGGGUCUGAAGAAGGUAGGCGUGGCCAACCCCGUCUUCCUGCUCGAUGAGAUAGACAAGGUGGGCGGCUCUAGCGUUCACGGGGACCCGUCAGCAGCACUGCUCGAGGUGCUAGACCCCGAGCAGAACCACACCUUUACUGAUCACUACGUCAACGUCCCCAUCGACCUGAGCAAGGUCAUGUUCAUCGCUACCGCGAACACUCUGGACACGAUCCCGCCACCGCUGCUCGACCGCAUGGAGACCAUCUACUUGCCUGGCUACACUACACUGGAGAAGCGCCACAUUGCCAUGCGGCACUUGGUGCCCAAGCAGAUCCGCGUGAACGGGCUGAGCGAGGACCAGGUCGUCUUCACAGAAGAGGUCGUCUCCAAGAUCAUCGAAUCCUACACCCGCGAGGCAGGGGUACGCAACUUGGAACGCGAAAUAUCGUCGGUCCUGCGCGGCAAGGCAGUCGAGUUUGCCGACGCCAAGGACGAGGGCCACCUGGAGAAAUAUAAUCCUCGUCUCAGUGUCGAUGAUCUGGAGCGUUUCCUCGGCAUCGAGAAGUUUGAGGAGGAAAUCGCGGAGAAGACCAGCCGGCCGGGCAUCGUCACGGGCCUGGUGGCGUACAGCUCCGGCGGUAACGGCAGCAUUCUCUUCAUCGAGGUGGCCGACAUGCCCGGCACGGGUACGGUCCAGCUGACGGGCAAGCUGGGCGACGUCCUCAAAGAGAGCGUCGAGGUGGCGCUAACCUGGGUGAAGGCGCACGCGUUCGAGCUGGGCCUGACGCAGAGCUCCAACGUGAAUAUCAUGAAGGACCGGAGCAUCCAUGUGCAUUGUCCCUCGGGGUCCAUUCCUAAGGACGGGCCCAGCAGCGGGAUUGCCCAGGCCAUUGCCUUGAUUUCGUUGUUUUCUGGGAGGGCGGUGCCGCCUACAAUGGCUAUGACUGGCGAAAUCUCCCUGCGCGGGCGCAUCACGGCCGUCGGAGGCAUCAAGGAGAAACUGAUUGGAGCCCUCCGGGCGGGUGUCAAGACGGUGCUACUGCCGGCCCAGAACCGCAAGGACGUUAAGGAUCUGCCCCAGGAAGUGAGAAAUGGGCUGGAGGUUGUCCAUGUCAGCCACAUCUGGGAAGCCAUUCGCCACGUCUGGCCCGACGGUCGGUGGCCUGGCGAGCAUGAACAUGCCAAACUGCAGAGCCGGCUGUAAAGAGAAGGGACUGUGAGACAGAUCCGAGCACUCUCGGUUCAUUGUCCGCCGUUUUGCUAGCGGGGCGGUUGGGGGAACACAGGGCGAUGUUGUGCUGCAUGGCAGGCGGCGGGUGGCUUAGUUACACUACUCUGGGCUCUGCAGUCGUCGUCUCUUUUGUUUCCGGGUUCCUUGCGGGGCUGGCGUCCCGCCCGAUUGAGGUUGGGUGGGUUGCGCUGUGUAGCACGAUGUUGCCGGCGCUAUGUUCCAGACAUGUCCGCUGCGUGUCUUGGUGUGGUGGUAAGGGCCGCUUGUUUUGGAUGCGGUUAAGCGAGUCGUUUUCAGUCAGUCAGUUUCAUAGCACUGUUCUGUACGAGGGUGGUGCAUAAGCAGAGAGGUUCUGUUUUGGUGUGUAUUUACUUACCCCUUUCUCCCUUAUUUUUUCCUUUCCAUCCAACCAUACCAAUCACAUUUGAGGGACCAUCAGUCUCCCCCCUAAUACGUGCAAUGUUUUUCU